AUGGCAGGACAAAUAGUAUUACGUGUAGAAUCUCCAGAUGGAACAAAAAGAGUACAAGUGUCACUUACAGAAUCAAGUUAUAAUUUAUUUGAAAAAGUGUACAAUGCAUUUUCUCUUACAAACUAUGGUUUUACAUUAUUUAAUGAUCGGAACCGUAAAAAUGAAAUUAAAUCAUCUAAAAGCGUAUACUUGAGCAGCUUAAAUCUGAAACAUGGAGAUAAAAUAUACUUAUGUCCAUUAGAUCCAGAUAAUAUAUGGGCAAUUCCUGGUCCGUCAAAUGCAGAUUCAGUUAAUGGAAGUCGUUCUUCAUCAGUUGUUUCUACACCAGGAUCUAGUACAUCACUGCCAUCAAAUGGAAAGAAAAGUUCAGGAUCAACAAGUCAAAUAGAAGAAGAUGAAGUGGAUAAACUAUUAUGGAAAUUAGAUGGAAAAAUUAAACGCCUCAAAGACAAAAAAUAUUGCCGUCAUGGUGAUAAUGGAUGUUGUGUCCAUUGUUCACCCUUAGAACCAUAUGAUGAGGAAUAUUUAAAAACACAAAAUAUGAAGCAUUUAUCUUUUCAUUCAUACUUAAGAAAAAUGACUGCAGGAGUUGCUAAAGGGAAAUUUUUAUUAUUAGAAAACAUAAGUUGUAAGAUAAAAGAAGGCUGUGCUGGACAUUUACCAUGGCCAAAAGGUAUAUGUUCAAAAUGUCAACCAUCAGCUAUUACAUUAAACAGACAGACCUAUAGGCAUGUUGACAAUGUUAUGUUUGAAAACUCAGAAUUAGUGGAACGUUUUUUGAACUAUUGGAGGAUUACAGGACAUCAACGUAUUGGAUUUUUGUAUGGACGAUAUGAAAUGCAUCCUGAUAUACCACUUGGUAUACGAGCUGUAGUUGCAGCAAUUUAUGAACCUCCUCAAGAAAGUUCAAGAGAUCAUAUUAAAUUAUUGCCUGAUGAAAAACAAGAUAUAGUUAAUGAAUUGGCCAGAUGCUUAGGUCUUACAUGUGUUGGUUGGAUUUUUACCGAUCUUUUGACUGAAGACAUGCAAAAUGGAACUGUAAAAUAUGUUAGAAACAUAAAAAGUCAUUUUCUAUCUGCUCAAGAAUGUAUAAUGGCUGGAUACUUUCAAAAUUUACAUCCAAAUCCUUGUCGUUAUGCAUCUAAUGGAUAUUUCGGUUCAAAAUUUGUUACUGUCUGUGUUACGGGAGACGAAAAAUGUCAAGUACACAUGGAAGGUUAUAGUGUGUCUAAUCAGUGUAUGGCUUUAGUUAAAGAUGAUUGUUUGGUACCAACCAAGGAUGUACCCGAAUUGGGGUUUGUUCGAGAAUCUUCGGACAAACAAUAUGUGCCUGACGUCUACUAUAAGGAGAAAGACAGUUAUGGCAAUGAGGUGUCAAAAUUAGCCCGUCCAUUACCUGUGGAGUAUUUGUUAUUAGAUGUACCAGCUUCAACACCCUUAAUUCCACUGAAUACGUUCACAUCAAUUAAAGACAUCACAAAAUUCCCUGUUGAGAACAGAUUAAUUGAUGGACAUAUUCAAGACUUUGAUUCAUUGUGCAAAUACCUAAGACAAUUCACUCCGUCACAAUUUUACGAGUCUAUUUCCGAUUUUCAUUUUCUAUUGUAUAUUGCUACAAUGGAUAUGCUACCCAUGAAAGAUUCAAUGGCUCCACUGUUAGAAGCAAUACGAUCUAAUGAUAAACAGGCAGUAGUUGAAUGGUCUAGAUCAGACGUAUGGGCAACACUCGAGCAAUUGAUCAGCAAUACUUCUGAUUCUGCUGUAUCGGGGCAUGUUGGAAACGGUUUUGCAUCUGUUCAGACAGAAUCGUGGACAUGCAUACAUUGCACCUUUAUGAAUAAUUCUGAUCGGCAAUCAUGCGAUAUAUGCAGAUUGCCAAGGGAUAUCAACUAAAUGUUGUAUAGAAAACAUGUAUCUCAUUCACAGUAAAUAUAAUUAUAUAUAUACAUA